CCAAUAAUUUGACAUGUUAAUGACAAUCAAAGUCAGGAAUCCGGAGAAGAGCACAAAAAAUCGAAACCAGAAAAACCGACCAUCUCCUCUUUACGCAACACACACAUACAUAUUUGGAUCUUCAAUCGGCCAUUGAAACACACAGCAAACAUGUGUGGGCUUGGAUCUUAGAGUAGAGAUGGGAGGUUUAAUGGUGGAGAGGUAUGAAAAGCUAGGGUUAAAGGAGUCGUUGAGUCGAGCCUAUCAUUACCCAAUUGCUUGUGAAGAGCUAAGCUGUAUUCUAAGAAAUGCAUAUUCUAAAGUUCCCAAAAAUUUGCAAUCUCUCAUCUUUCAGGAUUCCCUCGCCGCCUUUCGCCUCCUCCCUCAAAUGCAGACACAAGCAGCCAUAUCAGCAGCAAAUGGCCUGCUUCACAGCAUCGAGGCUGCAUUACCUAAACAAAAAAAAGUUUUAGCUGCAUCUGAAUUUAAACAGGCUAUGGUUGCUCAAAGGAGGCGACGGAAGGUCCAACCAAUGGUAGAAGGUAGGAGCCAACUUCCUCAGGAUGUUCUUGUACACAUAUUUGGCUUCUUAGAUUUAACGUCUCUUAUCACUGCCUCUUUAGUCUGCAGGUCGUGGAGUGUGGCAGCUAGUGACAACCAUCUGUGGCAGUCGAUGCAUAUUAACUUUUUCGGAAGGCCAAGUGACAACCCAAAUAUUAUCAGGCUUACCUAUGGUGUGGAGAGAAUUACUUUUACUCCGGGAAAUACCACCACAGCUAGUGUUGACUGGAGAGAUGCUUUCAAGCGAGCUUAUAGAGGAAUUUCAAGAAAGGUAACAUCCCAGAGGGGCUUUUGCAAGCAGUGCAAUUCUAUUGUUUGGCUGAGUAAUUCCAAGUGUUCAAAUGAAUGCUUUGGGAAAAUUUCUGAUGAACAUCAGAUCAUGCCUGUGUCAAUUAAACAG